AUGUCCUCUAUAUGGAAUCUUACCAGUGGGCUGCGCACAGGGUUUUUAAAGAUUGCACCAGCAGGAAGAGAGCUCUAUGGCACUGUAGUUAAGUCUGGUGUAAACAAAAAGACAGUCACAGUUAGAGUGAAUAGAUUUUUUUUCGUCAAAAAGUACAAUAAAACCUAUUCAUGGGCAAGAAGCUUCCAAGUCCACGAUGAAGAAGAGUAUUGCGUGCUAGGGGAUAAAGUUAUUAUUAGAUCUUGCAGGCCAAUGUCGAAAACAAAGCGUUAUUAUGUUAGAAAUAUUGUUGUCAUGAUGCCCAGGCCAUUCACAGGCCAAAAAAUUCAAGGGACAAUAGAAGUCAAUGAAGAGCCAAAAACAGAAGAACCAGAGAUAGCAGAAGAAACAAGCCAAGUAAAAGAAGAGGCAAAAGAAUAA